CAGACCUUGUAAGUGCAGGGUGUGAGGGUCAAGUCUAACUCUAAAGCCCAGACUGGUUUCAUGCCCAGUUUUAGGCAGAGCAGAGGGGGGGAGAUGGUCACUUUCCAGGCCCUGCUCAUGACAGACAUCACUAAUCGAUCACGGCAUGGUCGAUACAGCGAAUCAUUUGCAGUGCUCUUUUCUGAAAAGCUCAGAGGCAGCUGUGAAGUCCCCAACACAGCACUCCAGGACACCAUUACCUAUCAGAAGAUCACGUCUACACUAUUUGCCAUUCCUGUGGUCCCACACCAUCAGCCUGGGGCCCUCAGGACUCAGGCACAAUCCCCAGAGGCUCUAGUCACCAGAGCAAGGGACCCUCUGUGCUCCACAUCAGUUGCUAUGCUGCUCUCGGGAGGGGCUUCCUGGCUCCUCUGGGUUCCCCCAGACAGAUGUCCCUUCCAAGCAUGUCCCUCCAACCAUCCAGGUUUGCCUGAGGCUCCAGGGCUAGCUAGGUCUUUAAUAGAAGUUUUUAUUAUGAGACAUUUCAGGUAUAUGUGUGGAGAACAAUAUCAUCACAGAGUUUAAGCAACAAAACAACACAGACACAACUGAAAUCCCCGUGUGGCCCCCCUCAGCGCACCGCCCCCCAGGCCACCGCUCUCUGAAUUUUGUGUUUCUCGUUCAUAGGCACAUUUCAGGACUUUUAUUGCGUGUUUGCAUACCCCUAUCAGCAAACCCCACAGAAGUGAUGUGGUUCAGACUUUCUUGCAGCUGUGGCCUUCAGGCAAUUGGAUGUUACAGACUUUCAGGCGCGAGGAUACGUGCAGCCUUGAUCGUCCACCAGGUCAGAAGGGGCCCAACCGGAAGGCCAGUUCAUGGUAGGAAAUUCCAGCCACGUGAGCCAACCGGAGCCAGGGAUUCUGAGCAGCCCGUGGCUUUAGAAGAAACUGAAACUUGUCUUGCCGGGGGCGGAGUGGUCACCGGGGAUUUAAAGAGCUGCCACUUCCUAGGGCCCCCAGAGGGCACCAGGAGGUCACAGUAGCAGAGGGACACCUCUGCCUGCCCCUUGCCUAAGCCAUGCACCUCUGCGAGGGCAAUGCGCUGCUGACGAGGACGGACCCCGAGGAGCAUCAGAGGCUGAAGAAGAAACAGAGGAACCGCGCGGCCGCCCAGCGCAGCCGGCAGAAGCACACGGACAAGGCGGACGCCCUGCACCAGCACGAGACGCUGGAGAAACACAACCGCUUGCUGCGGAAGGAGAUCCAGACUCUGCAAGCUGAGCUGGGGUGGUGGAGCCGGACCCUGCAUGCGCACGAGCGCCUGUGCCUGAUGGACUGUGCCAACCGCUUGGCUCCGGUGCCCCCUGGCUGCUGGGGCCAGACUGAGCAGCCCCCGGACCCCAUGCCCUGUGGACAAUAUGGCUUCCAGGAACAGCCAGGCCUGUUCCAGACCCCUGUCUCUUCUCCCUCGGCCCACCAGCUCUCUUCACAUCUGCGGCCUCAUAGUUCCCCUGGCCUCCUCCUGUCCCCUCUGCCUUCUCUGUCCCUUGGCUCCACCGCGGCCCCUGCACCCCCUCCCCAGCUGUCCCCCAGCCCUGUCCAGUCAGCCUCGCCCACUGGCUCCAGCCUGCUAAGGCCUUCCUCCAAGCUCGACGCCCUCCUGCCCAACCCCCCAGCCCAACCUGCCCCUCUACAGCCCCUUGGGGUGGAGCACCCCACCAGGGGGAAGCUGGGGUCCCCACCUGACAGCGCCUCACCUGCUCUGGGGCUGGCCGGCCUGCAGGGUGGGGAGCACAAGCCUGUGUCAGCAGCAGCAGCAGACCGGCAAGGGCUGGGUGUGGAUCCCGGUCCCCACCCACUCCUGGCCUUCCCCCUGCUCUCCUCUGCUCAAGUUCACUUCUAAACCACCCCCUGGAGCUGAGCCAGCCCCUUCCUGGGGCUGAAGGAGCAGCCAUAGCACACAGGGACCUCCUCCAUCGCCCCUGGAGGUUGCCUUUCUUGGCUGACCCGCUGGCCCAGCAUUUCACCAAGAAAAGAGAGUCAUUCCUGCUGCCCACCACUCUGCCGGGCCCUGUCACCGCUAUUAUCUUAUGUGGAGUCUGUGGUCAUUGCGCAAAAUCCGGAUCGUCGCUCCCCUUUUUUAGAUCAGGAGAUAGAGGCCAGAGAAGCCGUGUGAUGUGCCCAAGGUCACGUGGCCUUUUUUGGGAUCUGAAACCCCACCAUCUGUUCCUCCUUUUCUUGGUGGGAUCCUGGCCCGGGCACCCUAGGAACCGACGUCCUAGAAAGCGGGGGCUGGCGUGAAGAGGUUGAAGUGCCGGGAGCAAGGAGGAGACCUUUCUUCUGGUCUGUGCCUCCCAGGGCCACAGAUCCCUGCGGUCCUUGAAACCUCGCCCUACUGGGGCUGGUCCAGAGUCCAGGCCUAGAUGGGGAGAGGCCAGCCAAGCAGGAGCCCGGAAGUGGACGCUUUCUUCCCUAGCCGUGCUUUCAGGGCCAAGGAACCGCACUUGUGAGUUGGAGUUGGGGAGAAGCCUAGAACAGUCUCCCCGGGGAUGUCUGCCGGAGGGGCACCUAUAGACAUGCCAAGACCUCUAGGAGAGUCUCCAGGGUCAGCUCUCCAGGCUCUUCCCAAACAGCUCCCUGCCUUUCCCAGGCAGGAGCUCAGCUGUAGUAUCGGCUGGGAUUGGGGGUGGGGGUCCUCACUCAGACUCGGUCCAAGCUCCGUAAGGGGCCUGAGCCGAGAAACCCCAAUCCUCCACCUGGAUUUUCAUACAGACACUAUGCAAGUAUUUGACACGCUCCAAGAUGCUGAGCACGUCUUGGCGUACGUGUUGUGGUAAAUACAUUAAAGUGUUUUCCAAUUC